GCAUAAUAAGGGCAAGCCUGACCUGAAUACAGGCGUUGAGACAUGCCUUAAAGUGGGCUAAAAGGAAAUACUCCUCAAAGCCAGUAUAUAGUGACGAGAAAAUAGUUCGUACAGCAUUUAUAACGCAGUGCAUGAAAAAGUGGGCGAAAGGCUGUGCCGUGUAUCAUCAGUGUGUGGCCGGUGUGUAAGAGGAUGUAGUCACUCACAAAACCUUCACCCAGUCAAUUGGACGGAGAGAGGAUCGUAACAGCCUUGAAUUACUAUCGAGAUAUCUAUAUUUGACAGAUCUUCACUCAUCAAGUACGGAUUUUACAAGACGGAUUGGUAACUGUUACAAUUUACGUGUGUAGACUAGGCUGUCGCUGGUGUUCGUAUAGGGCUGUAUCAGUGAUCUCUGCGCCAUUGACACGGGUAGUGUGGGCUGAAGAGAACAGUGGAUUUCCGUUUUGCGAGGAGCGUUGAUCAUGACUGAGGAUUCACCGUAUGGAUAAGCUCUGUGACAAGCGGACAGUUGACAUCUGUACACAGGCACCCGUCACUUUCUACAACAACAACAGCAAUAUGGACGUUUCCGUUGGUGUACUCAAGUAUUGUACUGUGAGCUCGUGAGAGCAGAAUGAUGUGAACGGUUUUUAGCGAAAUCUGACAAUGGUAACACAAGUCUAAGACACAUAAAGUUUGUACCUCUAUAUCUAACUGUUCUCAUGGAAUUCAAAAUGGCCGCCUAUUGCAAUGCGAGCGAUUUGGACAUCCGUGGCAAUAUAUCACAGCUGACGGCGCUGAACGAUGAGUGGCCAUGACUUUGCUACCGUGACCAUAUACUUGGGGAUACUGAUGUUUCUAGGAGUCUUUGGAAAUUUAAUAGUCUGGUACGUGUACUACUUCCGGUUCAAGAAAACACCGUCUAACUAUUUUGUCCUCUGCUUAGCCACUCUCGAUUGCUGACGUGUCUGUUCGCGUCCACCGUUUGAGAUUUAUGACGUCACUAAGCCGCUGAUGUUCAACAUGCCCGUGGCCUGUAAGAUAAUGAGGUUUCUGGAGACCAUUACAACUGUGGCGUCUGGAAUAACACUGGUCGCUGUUGCCCACGACAGACAUCGGAAGGUUUUCAAGCCCUUUAAGCGGAUAUCCAACAAACAAGCUAAGAUAGUGAGCUGUGUAGCGGUGGCUAUUGGAUUAUUUGUGGCCUGGCCAGCGAUUCUCAUUUAUGGAUCUCACCAAGUGAAGGCAAAUGAUUCAGAGUUAUUUGGAAUAUCGUGUUCACUGAGCGACUGCGUACGAGAUAGUAUAUAUCCCAAACUUUAUUCUGGCUUCUUGCUGCUUCUGUUCUUCGGUAGUGUUGGGGUGCUGAUCGUCCUGUAUACCAAGGUAGGACUGGAAAUCCGAAAACGUGGAAACAUGCGUCUCAGCCAAACGCCCACAUCUUAUAGGGCACAUGAGGCUUCCAUGAGCAUGGAAGUCGCAGACGAAGAAAGCAGUAGCGGCGAAUGUGUCACGGGCAAGAAUAAAAGACGAGACAAGAAAUACAGGAUGCCGUCUUUUCCUAAACUCACAACUCAGCGAAGCAAUAGCUGUGAGCCAAAACGUCCAAUGAAAAUAAAGUCCACAGACGAACCUAACAGUCCGCGUGAUGUAAACAAUUCCGUGGCAGUCCGCUCCGGAUACAAUCCAGGAAAGACAACUCGCAUACUAUUCUGCGUUUCCGUGGCAUUCGUCUUAAGCUUCCUGCCUUACGUAAUCGUGAAGAUAGUCCAAGCGGCUACCGAAAACUUUGACGUGUCUCAGAGCAAAGCCGCCUCGUUGGCGUAUAACUUCGCCACUCGCUCUUUCGUCAUCAAUGCCGCGGUUAAUCCAAUCAUUUAUAGCUAUUUGAACGAGUCGUUUCGUGAUGAGUGUAAAGGAUUUAUAUAUAGGUGCUUUAAGCCAUUCAAAAAGUGAAAAGUUGCAGUAAAAAUUAAGGAACAAAAAUUAUUGCCCAUAGUAUUGAUCUUUUAAAUUGGAUGUUAACAACCUUGAUUGGAUUCAACGAUAGAAUACUUUGUUCAGCAAAGGACAUUCCAAAGUCAACAACUCCACUGUAUCCAGGAAUUCAACUGAUUCUGUUGAACAGUAGCAAUGGUUGUCGGUGCAGCCGUUCGCUUUGCGCAUAUCCAGGGAAUCUCGGGUCCACGCGGUCUAGGAAAUAACCGAUCGACAUCCAGGCCGUUGAGACGUGUUUGAUGGGUAAUGUUUUGUCUCAAACUUUAAAUGGAGCGGGCUCUGACGUUGGUUUGAAGCCAUCCUUUGCCAUACCUCACGUCAGAGCAAUCUCGGACUAAUCCUGACUGGAUUACACUGUCUCAUUUUCUGUGUUCAGCGCUGUAUUGAAGGUGGGGGACUUUGGGUUAGGAGAGAGAACCGUUUGUAAAAACUGAUUGCAGCCUUAUAUAGCCUGUAUGCUCAAGUACUAUAUUUUACAACUGGGUGGUCUUGCAGGUUCAUUUAAGGAUUGACUGUAAUAUUUUUUAGGUUUGUUGGGGUAGGCCAAUAAACGAAAAAACUGCUGUGCAAACUGUAUGACGAAAAACUGUAUUGUAUACCUCAGUAAACCUGAAAAAUAUUACAGCAAUCCUUAUAAUUUAAUUUAAGGAAUAAAAGGAUGUUAUCUAGUGUUUUCCUUUCAUUCCAAACUCUGAGAAAUUGAAGAAAGGAACGCCGCAGUCUCCAGAAUAUUUUAUGAAUAACAUUCUUUGGGCCAAUGAAAUUGGUGAUCAAAGUUCUACCGUUAAUAGGCAACGUCACGUGCAAAGUGAGCGAAAUGACGAGGUAAAGUUUACAGCAGCUGGUCGUUUCAAAAAGAACUGUGAAUAACUCAUCAUUUACAAGGUGAGCUAGGGAGCGUUGGGGGCAGAAGAUCCCGAGGGAAAUGAAUUUAUUUCGUGAGACUCAUCUUCGUGAGGCGACAACGCGUUUGCGCUGUUCAUAACGGACUACUGCUGUUGUUGUUGCACGCCAAGGAUAUGCGGGAGUAUGUAGGCCACAUAGGUGACUUCGUCAUGCCGGUUGCAAAGCACGUGUAGUUGUGACAUAUGGAUGAUAUCUUAGCAUUCAAACAUACUGGUUAUCCAAGAACAACAGCGUGUAUUUUAAACAUCAGUUGGAAAGUAAUUUUGAUCAAACUGAUUUGUUUUGUCGAGCGCUUGCACUCGGUUUUGCAUAUGCACUCGCUGACCCAGCACGCCUGUGCGUGUUAGUGAUCAAGCUCAUAGGUCGGCGAUACUGUUUAAACAGUCUUAAUUCAUCAUAGACUGUCCAGAAUUUUUAUUGAUGCCCCUGUUUAUGAAUGUGAAUAUAAUACAGACGAAAGGAGAUAUAUUCUGUAAGUCAUUUUACCUGACGUGCCUUCAGCCUCUUUCAGAUCUAUUUUUUUAAAAAAGUAGUCCUACGUGGGCGUGGCUUCGUGUUUUCGGUUUAUUGGAAUAUAAACGCAAAAAUUUGACCAAUUGAAUUGCGCUUUACAAACGCAAAUUCGGGAAAAUUAAAUUAUUUUUACAAAACGUUACCCUAGCAGCAGAUCGCCCAUGACCAAUAUUAAGGUCCCAGAUUCGAAUCCAACUCUCGCUGGUUACGGUGCAGCUUUGUCAGAAAGAAUCACCAGGUAGAUGGCGAAGGGCUGUAGUUUACAUCGGGGCAUACACUCCGGUUUCCACCACCCACAAUACUUAAUGUAGCGGUACAGCAAAUAUUAAAGGCGGCCUUGUAGUUCAGUGUCAAGCCAUGUAAGAAAGUGGUUAAAUUUACUUUGUCAAAGAUUUGAUCUUACAAGAGUUUGUUGAGAUGCCCGUUAAUCUUAUGGGCAAACCCAAACCUCGUGAGAGAAACGCAAAUCUUUAUCUGACAUCAGUCUCCAUUUCUUUUUUUGUUAGCCUGUUACAAAACACACACACACACACACAAA